UAGGGUUCGAAUGAUAUGUGUCAAAUCAACUCAGCUUUCUCCCGGUUAUGUUUCUAGAAACGACCACAUGAGGGCAUUGGCUAUGAGUCAGACAGAGCCUCCCUAGAGCCAGCAGCGAGAAAAAAAAUAUUUAUAUCGUGGGUUAUUCUAUCCCGGGGGAGUUUUGGGGACUUUGGAGAGACAGCCCCACAGUUAUCAUAAAUCGAGGGGUAAUGAAAACGCCGUAUAUCGGAUGUGGGGGUCUUCGCUUCCCCUAGAACGGCACAUUUUACUUAUUCCAAUGGCCCGAUUCUGUUAAGAAGAAAGUUCCUCGUAUGGAAAUCUAAGUCAAUGUACAAUAUGACCACGGAAAACAAGAUGCGCGCGGUAGUAUUCCACGGCCCUUAUAAAGUGGCCGUUGAAGAACGACCAAUCCCCAGAAUCCAAGACUCGGGAGAUAUUGUUGUCAAAGUAACAUACACAGCCCUUUGUGGAAGUGAUCUCCAUACAUUUCGCGGCAUAGAACCCGCUGCGCCGGGAUUUAUCAUGGGCCAUGAAGUGACAGGUGAGGUUGUCGAGCUUGGGGAUAGCGUCAAAACCGUCCAGAAGGGUGAUAUGGUCGUGAGUGCUUUCACGACGUCUUGCGGCGAGUGUUUCUACUGCAAGCAAGGGUUUUCUUCUCGCUGCGAGAAGAAUGUUCUUUUCGGAUGUAAUCAACUGGAUGGAGCACAAGCCGAAUACAUCCGUAUCCCAAAUGCAGACGGCACAGUAAUGAAAACCCCCGCAGGUGUCGAGAAAAAAUACCUCGUGCUUAUGGCCGACAUCUUCCCGACGGGCUACUUUGCAGCGAGCAACGCCUUCAAGGGGUACACCCCAGACCAAAUCUCUGAGCAGACAGUCGUACUCAUUGGCUGUGGACCAGUCGGACUCUGCGCCCUAAUCAAUGCCCUAGAGUUCAAACCCAAGCAUCUCCUUGCUGUCGACUCUAUUCCAUCGCGACUCGAGCUGGCGAGAUCUCUUGGGGCCGAGCCCUGGAAUUUCCAGCAAGACCGGGAGGGCUUGGACAAGCGGGUGAAAGAGUUGACGAAUGGACGGGGCGCAGAUGCGGUAAUUGAAGUGGUUGGUUUAAGUCCGGCACUGAGGACUGGCUUUGAUCUGCUGCGACCAUGGGGGACGAUCAGUAGCGUUGGUGUCCAUAAUGGAGAGAUCCCCUGGGCCGGAAAUGACGCUUAUGACAAGAACCUGAGAAUCCAAAUGGGUCGAUGCCCUGUGAGGUCGGUAUCACCUCAAGCGUUGGAGGUCUUGAAAAAGAAUCAGCAGAAAUUAGGAUUCAUGGCGGACAAGAUCAUGCCACUCUCUCGGGCUGUAGAGGGCUAUGAACUUUUCAAUGCGAUGAAGGUGCAGAAGGUGAUUUUUGAGGCUUGGAAAUGAAUGGAGGUAAAGGGAAGAAAUCAAUGUAUGGAGAGGGUCCAGAGUUUGGUAUACUGAGUGAAUUCCUCGACUUUAUGUAA